AUGGAUGGGAACGCCGACAAUGCUGUACGCCUUGCCAAGGCAUGCAGUGUCUGCAGACGAAAGAAGGUCAAAUGUGAUGGCACUAGACCGGCCUGUACCCCCUGCAGGACAUUUGAACUGCCCUGCAAGUACGAAGACGCCGUGCGACACAAGAAAAAGCCCAACCGCGAUGAAUAUCUGCAUGAAAUGGAAGAGCGUAUUCGCUCAUUGCAAGAAGAAUUAAAUGAAGCCCGUGCCUCGAAGAGGCGCCGAGUGCAGAGUGACUCAGAUGCAGACCCCGAGCAUGGUCAGCAUUCGGAUGAAUCUGAUUCGGAGAUACCGUCUCCAAGAGAUGAUACUAGUCAAGUAACUCACGAAGUCGAGACCAAUGGAGGUGAUCGUGACGAAGGGUCAUAUACCCUCAAAACCCCGAAAGGCGCAAUGCGUUUCUUUGGCGCAUCCUCUCAUUUCUCCAUUGCUUCUCCUGAGGGUGCAGGCUGGCUUGAGAACACAAAGGGUAACAAUAUGUGGCGCCAUGCCGUCCAGAGAAACGGAAGCCGAUGGAGGCUUGCCGACUGGUUUCCCAAAGCCCUCCAAGAUGACUAUCAAAGCAGGUGCUCACUGCCACUUCCCUCCAAAGCGGAGACAUUAGCGCUGGUUGACGAGUAUUUCGAGAGCUUCAACAAGGCUGUGCCGCUAUUCGGACCGGAAAGCUUUAUGGUCCAAGUCAAUAGGCACUUCUCGUGGAAUCCUAACGAGGGAUCCUCAUGGUGGGCUGCGUUAAAUGUUGUCCUCGCUUUUGCAUACAAACAAAGAGCCGAGAGUUCAGGGGGCAGCAGCGAUGACUGGCAAAAGUCCCUUGGCCACGUCAGGAAUGCCAUGAAUGUGGUUACGGAGCUUUUCAUGCGGACUUGUGAUCUUCUCGCGGUUCAAGGGCUACUCGGCCUAGCACUCUACUUCCAAGGGACACCGAACCCCCAACCUUUGUUCAUGUUUGCUGCUUCUGCUGUGCGCCUGUCGCAUUCUAUUGGGUUACACAAAUCCAACUCCCUUGGUCUUCCAGAGCCCCAGGUAGAAGAACGAAAAAGGGUCUUCUGGAUAGCGUUUAUUCUAGACGCCGAUGUUUGUCAGCGGACUGGUCGUCCUGGAUCUCAGGAUACCCGCGACUUCAGCACUAUGCUCCCCUCGGAAGACCCACAUGAUGGGUUAGGUAUGAUGGAGAUCAGGGGGACGAAGAUCAACUUCUUCUCGGCCCUCGCUCGACUCGCUAUUAUUCAACGCAAAGCUUGCGACACAUUGUACAGCACCGAGGGCUUCAAAAAGACGCGUGAGGAGCUGAUGAAGGAUGUGAGAGAGUGCUUUGAAGAGAUCGAGGCUUGGAAACAAAGUCUUCCAAUGAUAGUUCGGCCACAACGAAACUUUGCCGGCUGCCACCAUCCAUUUCUACCGCAUAUCUUACGGCUUCAUUUUGCCUAUCAUUGUUGCUACCUCAAUAUUCACCGAGUCUUUUUGAUUCCACGAAGAUGGUCUAAUACGCCAAAUGAAAGACCAAGCGCUCCUGGGUUACCGAUUGAUCGCGAAAACUCAGUAGAACAAUCACUGGAGGCAGCACGAGCUGCGAUUGAUCUAAUUGGUCAUGUACAAAGUGGCUUUGGUCAAUCCUUUGAAUGGGGCAUCGUUUAUUUCCCUGCUGCAGCUCUAGUCGCAUUGUUCUCUCAGAUAAUAGCCAACCCGUCUCGCCCCGAUGCCAAAACUGAUAUCUCAAGAAUCAAUGGAGUCGUCGCAUUUUUGGCAAGGGUGGCAUCGCAAGAACAAGACACGUAUAUGGAUUAUGUCCUGGCCAUGUGUACUGAUUGGGAAAACUCGGCGAGAAGAGCGAUUCAUCGUGCCAGAAAUCCCCCAACCGAGCGCAGGGGGACAAGCCAGCCACCGCAAACUCAGGGGCAAAGAUGGUCGCAGAAUCCCAAUCUGCCCCAGCGGCCCUUUACACCGGGCUUCAAUCUUUCCGAGCAGGCUCGGAUGGAUGGCAACUUUGCUCAGCCAAAUCAUCUACAUCCGGACCAGGCUUUGUAUACCACAGGGCCAUUGUCCAUGGCUACUCCGAUUGCUUGGAAUUGGCAAGAUAUGCUGGCAGGUGCGCCUCCUUCUUACGAUUUUAGCUUAUUUGAUCUGACUGGAAAUUCCGGGGAAUUGUGA